GCAGGCGGACUUACCGCUCGCAGGCCGGCCCCGCGCCCGGGACAGGGACCGGGCCGAGCGGAGCCGCCGCGCCAGUGCCGCGCCUCCAGCCCGUGCGCCUAGCGGAUCGGAGCUGCGCGCGGAACUGUCCUGCCUCGCCCCGCGCCACCCGCGAGGGUGGCCCGAGGCAGCCGGGAUGACAGCUCUCCCCAGGAACCCUGGCACCUGAGAAACAUGAUCAGCAAGUCCCCUCUUCUGUGCGUUCGCCCUGCAGGCUGGAAACUCCUGGCCACACUGGCUCUGGUCCUGGUCGUCAUGGUAUGGUACUCCAUCUCCCGAGAAGACAGGUACAUUGAGCUCUUUUAUUUUCCCAUCCCAGGGAAGAAGGAGCCCUGCCUCCAGGGUGAGGCGGAGAGGAUAGCCUCCAGGCUCUUUGGCAACUACUCCCGAGAACAGCCCGUCUUCCUGCAGCUUAAGGAUUAUUUCUGGGUCAAGACGCCAUCUGCCUACGAGCUGCCCUACGGCACCAAGGGGAGUGAAGACCUGCUGCUCCGGGUGCUGGCCAUCACCAGCUACUCCGUCCCAGAGAGCAUCCAGAGCCUCAAGUGCCGUCGCUGCGUGGUGGUGGGGAACGGGCAUCGGCUACGCAACAGCUCACUGGGAGAAGCCAUCAACAAGUACGACGUGGUCAUCAGGUUAAACAGCGCGCCGGUGGCUGGCUACGAGCAUGACGUGGGCUCCAAGACCACCAUGCGUCUCUUCUACCCUGAAUCCGCCCACUUCAACCCCCAAGUGGAGGACAACCCUGACACACUCCUUGUCAUGGUAGCUUUCAAGGCCAUGGACUUCCACUGGAUUGAGAGCAUCCUGAGCGAUAAGAAGCGCGUGCGAAAGGGCUUCUGGAAACAGCCUCCCCUCAUCUGGGACGUCAACCCCAAACAGAUUCGGAUUCUCAACCCCUUCUUCAUGGAGAUUGCAGCUGACAAACUGCUGAGCCUGCCGAUACAGCAGCCAUACAAGAUUAAGCAGAAGCCCACUACAGGGCUGUUGGCCAUCACCCUGGCCCUCCACCUCUGUGACCUGGUGCAUAUUGCUGGCUUCGGCUACCCAGACGCCCACCACAAGAAGCAGUCCAUUCACUACUAUGAGUAUAUCACACUCAAGUCCAUGGUGUGGUCAGGCCACAAUGUCUCCCAAGAGGCCCUGGCCAUCAAGAGGAUGCUGGAAAUCGGAGCCGUCAAGAACCUCACGUACUUCUGACUGGGCAGGAGCUGUACCCAUCCGUCUGCUCACCCUGCUGAGUGCCCCCAUCCAUGGCUGUGGGGGGGGUGCCUGGUGCCAGCUUGGACUCACCCUCCCCUGUGUGGGUAGGAGGAGGCCAGGUCUGAGACGAGCCUGUGUCCCUGGCUGCUCUGGUGGAGGCCAGAUCAAGUCAGGGUGGCAGCCCUGCGGCAGCAGGAGCCCGGCCAAGGCACGGGGCUUGUUGCUGUGGCAUCCCCUCUCUGCCAGCACCGGGAGAUUAUUUAACGGGCUAUUUAAUUAAGGGGUAGGAACAUGCUGAGGGCUGGCCCCAUGGCAUCCAGAAAAGGGGGCAUAUUACAGCGUUCUGCUCACUUUUUACACAAAAGUGAUGGCCCCACCACGGCCUGGACGCAGAGCAGGCCUCCCAGGAGGGCGAGGCGUCUGGAGUGGGCAGUGCCCAGAGUGGGUGGUGCCCUCCAGAGAAGGGCUGCUCCCUCCCAGCAGGCAUGGGAAGAGCACUGGCACAGGGGUUCCGUGGAGGAGAGGACCUCAAAGGGGUUCCAGACUUAUUAAACUAUUUUUCCUAAAACAGAA